AUGUUACUUUUUCUCUCUUCAUUAGCUCUUGCAAAAAACAUUAUAAUCAUUGAUGCGGGAAGUACAGGAAGUAGAUUGUAUAUUUAUACAUACGAUGACAUCUACAAUCUGUCAUCCUACGAUCAAAUUCGCGAUUCAGACGGGAAACCAGUUUCUAUUAAGUCUUCAAUACCAUUAUCCGACACAUUAAAUAAUGAAUCUAAACUCGUCGAAUACUUCGAUGUUUUGCUCGAUAAAGGAUCCCAUAAUUACAUCGAAAAGACGAUGAGAUCAACAACUCCGCUUUAUUUGUUUGCCUCUGGUGGGUUAAAUUAUAUUGAGAGCGAAAAGGCUAGAAAAACCGUAAUGAAUGACGCAUUCCAAUACGUAAAUCAAAAGUAUCGUUAUCUUGUGAAAGACAACUACUUCCAAAUUGUUACUGGCAAGGAAGAAGCUGAGUUCGCAUGGAUUGCAGCUAAUCAUUUUCUUGGUGGCUUUGAUUCAAAUAAUAUCAUGGGCGUAGCCGAAAUUGGAGGCACACACGCACAGAUUGCCUUUGGUGUAUCUAAACCAUCCUCUGAUGCAAAGAAGUAUGUCGAGUCAAUCUCAGUAAAUAAGAAGAAAUACAAAGUUUUUAGGAACUCAUGGAAAACUAUGGAGAUGUUGAUGUCGAAAAAUCAAUUCUUCAGCAUUUAA